UGACUCCCUGGAGCCCUGGUGUUCCAACAUGCCUCCAAUUCCACAUUACCUUUCUUGCGUGCGUCACCCAGGUCGUCACCCCCGCUCUACACUUCGUCCUUGGCAGCUUGAGAUAUAACCAAGCGUUUGAGACGAAGGUACGUCUCGCUGAUAUCAUGGCUGGAACAGUAGACGAUGACGCGCUCGGAGGAUUGUCGAGUCCGGAAGAAGAAUGAGAAAUAGUCCCUAUUAGGUAUAAGAGGCAGCAAUGAUAAUGAACAUUAGUCGCGAUAGCGCACUGGUGCUGCUGCUCACGUUAUUAGGAAUCAUGCCUUCGCCGGCAAUAAUCCUUUGUCACUUUUCCAGACCCAACCUGGAGGCACGCCUCCAAGCUUGUCCAUUCGCCUGCCUAUACUUUCCGAGGUGUAUACGCAUGUACCCAACAUACCCACUCAAACAGUACCGCGUCACGCUCGUACCUCCAGCGCUGCUAUCAAUCCAAUUUUUCCCAAUUCAAGCUCAAUCAAUCCAACUCAAUUCGGUAAAAGAGGAAUUCAAGUCAAUCGAAUCUGAUGGCCUCAAUUAAUUGAAUUAAUUCAAUCCGGAUAGGGGUUUUGGUGAUAACACUGCUGAAAUGUGUAAAGAUGGCCUCUCUGACGGCGGUUUUUUAAGGGCGUCCUGUAAACGGCCUCUAGUAACUGUAUUCCAGCUAUCUAGCCCAGGAUGCUAUUUACAUCAAA